AUGGCCGGGCAACCGCGGCCGCAGGGCCCAGAAGACGAUUUCUUCGACCAGUUCUUCUCCAUGGCGGGUGGCGGCUCCUACCCCGGCGCGGCCGCGGGCGGCGGGCGCGCACCAGGGGACCAGCCCUUCUCCCUUGCGCUCAGCCUCGAUGCCGCUGCCGCCGAGGCUUCCGGAAGCGGGAAGCACGCCGACGGUGCCAAGUCGGAUCGGGAGGCUGUGCAGCUCCCCGGGCUCUUCCCGCCAGUGUUUGGCGGCGGUGUGCAGCCGCCCCACCUCCGCCCCAACCCGCCUACCCAGGUGUUCCACGCGCAGCAGCCGAAGCAAGGCGGGGCGGGUGUCGGGCCACAACCGUCGGCGCCGAGGCCAAAGGUGCGGGCGCGGCGUGGGCAGGCGACGGAUCCCCACAGCAUCGCGGAGAGGCUAAGAAGAGAGAGAAUAGCAGAAAGGACGAGGGCCCUACAGGAAUUGGUGCCCAAUACAAACAAGACAGAUAGGGCAGCUAUGCUAGAUGAGAUCCUUGAUUAUGUGAAGUUUCUGAGGCUUCAAGUCAAGGUUCUAAGCAUGAGCAGGCUGGGCGGUGCUGGUGCUGUGGCCCAGCUGGUUGCUGAUAUCCCACUUUCAGUUAAGGGGGAAGCAAGUGACAGUGGGAGCAAACAGCAGAUUUGGGAAAAGUGGUCAACGGAUGGCACAGAAAGACAGGUCGCAAAGCUGAUGGAAGAAGACAUUGGGGCAGCAAUGCAAUUUCUCCAGUCCAAGGCACUCUGCAUGAUGCCCAUCUCGCUCGCCAUGGCAAUCUAUGACACACAACAUUCACAGGAUGGACAACCAGUGAAACCAGAACCUAACACUCCUUCGUAG